AUGUCACCGAACGGCGCACCGAACGGUAUAAACGGCACGACCAAAGGCCGCAUCCUACUCGUCGGUUCCGGACCUGGACACCCCUCCCUCCUCACACUGGCAGCACACCAUGCCCUCACCCAACUCGCCACCAUCGUCCUAUCCGACAAGCUCGUUCCGCGAGAGAUCCUGGCUCUCAUCCCUCCCAGUACAAAGCUACAUAUCGCUAACAAGUUCCCGGGCAAUGCCGAUGGUGCACAGAAUGAGCUUGUCGACCUUGCUAUAUCCUAUGCUAGGAGGGGCGAGACAGUUGUUCGAUUGAAGCAAGGGGAUCCGUUCGUCUAUGGCAGAGGAGGAGAAGAACUAAUCGUCUUCCGAGCAGCCGGAUUUCACCCGCUGAUCAUCCCCGGUAUUUCCUCUGCGCUCGCCGGUCCCCUUCUGGCCGACAUCCCGAUAACACAACGAGGAGUAGCAGAAAGCGUAUCAAUCUGCACUGGCGUCGGCCGAGGAGGGAGGGAAGUCGAGCUUCCAGCAUACGAAAGAAAACGAACUACAGUCUUGCUCAUGGGAGUUGCGCGCCUCCCCACUCUGGUGGAGCGUAUGCUCUCUCCGACACUUGGUUAUCCUACCUAUACGCCCAUAGCGAUCAUCGAGCGGGCCAGUUCUCCGGACCAGCGUGUUUUACUUUCUACCCUCGAACAUGUAGUACAAGCAGUGCAAGACGCGGGAGAGUCGAGGGUGCCGGGAAUGAUCGUUCUGGGCUGGGUGUGCUGCUCCAUGCAUGGCGAGCGGGGAGAAUUGGGCGUAUUAGACGGUGCGGGGGAGGAGGAGAGGGAAAAAGAGGAUCUAGAAAGGGUGGGAAGAUGGUUGGAAGGCAGGCAAUGGCGGGUGGAGGAAGGGCUUAGUGAGAGGUGGAAAUGGGUUGACCAGGCUGUGCAAGAGAGGAAUUAGCUGGGUGUGG